GUCCUUCCCGACCUGUGCCCCUUCCUGGUGCUGCGGGUGCGGCGCGGGCCUUAUCUGGUGCAAGACACGCUGAUACAAAUCCACCGCGCCAAGGAGACGGACUCGCUCAAGAAGCCCCUCAAGGUGGUCAAGUUUAUUGGCGAGGAGGGUGUGGAUGAGGGCGGCGUGGCCAAGGAGUUUUUCCAGCUGCUGGUUCGGCAGCUGUUCAACCCGGACUACGGCAUGUUCACCGCCGAUCCCACCUCCCACCUGCACUGGUUUCGGCCCUCCCGACUGGAGAUGGAGCUGGAGUUCGAGCUCGUGGGCAUCCUCAUAGGCCUCGCAAUUUACAACAGCCACAUCUUGGAAUUCCAGUUCCCUUCCGUGCUGUACAAGAAGCUGAUGGGUGCGACAGUGGCAGAUCUCCGCGAGCUGGCCCCCGAGGUGGCUUCCUCCCUCGCCAAGCUGCUUCAGAUGCCCCCCGACCUGGUGGACUCGCUGGGGCUCGUGUUCCAGGUGGACAUGGAGGUGGGGUUUGGGGAGGUGGAGCCGGUGGACCUCGUGCCGGGGGGAGGGGAGAUGGCGGUCAGUGCGGCCAACAGGCGCCUCUACGUGGACCUGUACGUCAGGCACCUGCUACAGGACUCCAUCGCACCCCAGUUCAACCCCUUCCAGCGCGGCUUCCUGCGCCUGUGCUCCGGCGCCGCGCUGGGCUGGUUUUCCCCUUCGGAGCUGGAGUUGCUGGUGUGUGGCAGCCGGCAGCUGCGACUGGAGGAGUUGGAGGGCGCCACUCAGUAUGAUGACGGAUACACCAAGGACUCGGAGCCGGUUCGAUGGUUCUGGGAGGUCGUUCACGCACUGCCCCCUGCUUCCCAGAAACAGCUGCUGUUCUUCGUGACGGGAUCCGACCGAGUACCCAUCAAGGGUCUGGCGCACCUGAACCCGCCCUUCGUCAUAUCCCGCGCCGGUGCCCACUCGGACCGGCUGCCCUCCGCGCAUACAUGCUUUAACCACUUGCUGCUGCCGCACUACAUUAGCAAAGAAGUACUCAAGGUAAGGUCAGCCGAGCUGAGGUGA